AUGUCGCAUAUGACUCCUCAUCAUCACGACCACCACCACGACAUCCCUAUGGAGGUCGAGUUGACAAAGUUAGAACUACAUAAUUGUUUCUACAAGCCACCAAUUGAGUUUGAAGGAUUUCUUAAUCUUGAAGAUCAUUAUCUUCAAAAUGUUGAUUUUGGGGCUAAGUUGUGUGGAAAUCAAAUCUGCUUGCCACAACUAAAGGAGUUGUCCAUGUAUUCAUGCACAAAUAUAUACAAUUUCAACGUCAAGGCUACAAAACUACAAAGUUUGUUUGUCAUUGCUUGUCUAGAUGCCACGUUGCUCCCAUUAUUGCAUAGUCAAUGUCUUUCUCUCUUUGCUAUAGACGAUUUUGUUAGAGGGGAAAGGAUGCAUUUGGCCAGGGUGAUAAGUAACUUGCCUGAAAUUCAAGCUUUAUUUAUCGAUGGUAAUUCUCUUAAGGUAAGGCAAAGACUCACUUUCACUUCACAGUUUUUAUGUGCAGAAAAUGUUCCAAAGUGGCUUCCAGAUCCGAUUUGUAAUUUAAAGCAUUUUUCGUUUAGAAAAAUUCAAUUUGGUGAUUGGAUCAACUUGAUGGUGUUCUUUGUUUGCUUCGGAACUCGCCAAAUAUAA